CGCCGUUUCAACCCCCUCUCUGUCGUCACGGCUAAAUUCUCGAAAAGCAAAAACUUUUUUUUAAAUUUGUUUUUUUCUAAUUGUGUGAUCAAUCCUUUCUUUUUUUGAAAAAUCCUACAGAAAUAUCAUCAUGGCUGAUUCCAACAAACCCCAAUUCUCUCUCCCUACCAUUCAUGACAGUGAAGGUGGCUGGGGACCUGCUAGUGAUGUCAUCCCUCAACAAUUCCGUGAUAUUCCCUAUGCCCCUUUCAGCAAGGCUGACAAGUUAGGCCGUGUUGCUGACUGGACCAAUCCCGAAGGCCAAAAGCAAGACAACAACCAAGCUACUGGUGGUCGUCAAGGUAGAACUGGUUUCAACCGUUUCAACAGAGAUCAACAACAAGCCUAUGGUGCUGCUUUUGCUUCUGCCUUUGCUUACACUCACAAUGAAGAUGAAUCUUCCUUCUCCGUUGUCGACAACCGAUCUGCCGGUACCAAGAAGCAAGCCCUCAAGGCCGUGGGUGGUGGUAAUGUGCGUACCAACCGUGUCCAAAACAACAACAACAACAAGCAAAACGGCGGUUACCGUACUGUCAACCAACGUCCCAACAAUGGCGGCCGUUACCAACAACAAAACAACAGACGUAGAUACGGUUAUAAGGAUUAUGACAAGCCUCAACGUGUCCGCAACGCUUCCAUCAACAUUGGUUCUGACUGGAAGGUAUUGGAUGAGAUUGAGUUCAGUCGUUUGAGCAAGUUGAAUUUCGGUAUUCCUAAAGCUGUUGAUAUCGCCACCUAUGGUGCCGUCAAUGUGUACAACAAAACCUACGAUCGUGUCAACACCAAGAACGAAAAGAUGCUCGCUCAUAUUGACCGUGUCAAGUUUGAUACAACCACAUCAGAGGAUCCCAUCAUCCAAAAGUACAUUCAAGAGAACAAGGCUACUGUAUUCGCUACCGAUGCCGUUCUUUCUCUCUUGAUGUGUGCUACUCGUACUGUUUACCCUUGGGAUAUUGUUGUAAAGAAGACUGCUGAUGGUAAGGUGAUUUUGGAUAAGCGUCCCGGAGGUGUCUUUGAUUUCGUUACUGUCAACGAGAACUCGUACGAUCCCCCUGCUGAAUCAGACAAGGAUACCAUCAAUUCUUGGUCUGCUCUUUGUAACGAAGCUACUUAUAUCAAUCAAAACUUCUCUCGUCAAGUUCUUGAGAAGGACGCCAAGAAGUUUGAAAACCCCAACCCUUUUGCCACAAACGAAUCAUCUGAGGAAUUAGCUUCUUGUGGUUACCGUUACAGAGAGUUUGACUUGUCUAAUCCUGGUGCUGAGGAAGAGGAGGAAAAGAUUCAAAUGAUUGUCCGUACUGAAGUGGAUGCUGCUGUUAAGACUGGUGAUAACACAAGCUAUGUGACUAUCCGUGCAUUGAACGAAUUCGAUCCUACUGCUCAAGGAGCCGGUGGAGCUCUCCCUUGGAAGAAGAGUUUGGAUUCUCAACGUGGUGCUGUUGUUGCCACCGAGAUGAGAAACAACGCUGCCAAGUUGGCUCGUUGGGCCGUUCAAGCUUUAUUGGCCGAUGCCGAACAACUCAAGUUGGGUUAUGUUGCACGUUAUAACCCCAAGGAUAACUCUCGUCAUGUUAUUUUGGGUACUCAAGCUUACAAGCCUCGUGAUUUUGCCUCUCAAAUGAAUUUGUCUUUAACAAAUGGUUGGGGUAUUGUUAAGGCCGUCGUUGAUAUGUGCUUGCAAUUACCUGAAGGUACAUACAUUAUGAUGAAGGAUCCCAACAGACCUAUUCUCCGUGUUUAUGCUGUUCCUUCCGAAGAGGAUUUAGAAGAGGAAUUCGAGGAAGAAGAAGAGGAAGAGGAGGAGCAAAAAUAA